AUGGGCCAUGGUAUGGGCCAUGUAGUAUUCUUUACCAAUAAACUGGGAACCUCCAGAUUUUCUCCCCCGCUCCCCGUGGGAGUAUGGCUAAUCUUCGGAAUUGGCGCAUACCUACAAUGGGGCCCGACUCUGAUUGCAAUGGCAUCUGCAUACAGAUUAAUACAUGGCAACCCAGUAUUCGAUCGAUACUCGCAUUCUCCCAUUCCACGGACAACGCAAUCAAGCGACUCGGCUAUGUAG